AUGCCGCGAAAAAGAACGAAUAAGUCACCGUCGGUUGAUAAACGUUCCGAAGCGGAUAUUGAUGAUGACGAUUUUUAUUUUGAUGACACGCAAUCCAACUCAGGUCGCAAUUCGCACGAGCCGCACAGAAACGCAGCCAAUGCACGAGAACGGGCCAGAAUGCGGGUUUUGUCAAAAGCAUUCUGCAGACUGAAGACUACUCUACCCUGGGUCCCAGCUGACACUAAGCUGUCCAAGUUAGAUACACUACGCUUGGCUGCAUCCUACAUUGCGCAUCUACGAGCACUACUACACGAGCCACGAUCAGCACAUACCCCACCACAUCCACUUAGUUUGGCUUGGCCUUUCGCGUUCCAACAUGGCGGCAGUCUAAACUGUGCAGUAUCACAAAGAUGGAACGUUGGCGCUCAAGAACCGGGUUGUAGAUCUAACAUAACACCAAGAGAAGCUAUGCAAAGCCAAGACAACUACAACGAAUACGACAACGAUUACGAAGAGAGAUGCUACGAAGACGUGUCCUCGAACGACGCAUGCGCACAAAUGCAAUACUGUGAUUACGGUUAUAAAGAAGAUUAUUAUGAAAUUAGAAACAGUUAUCCGACAGAUAAUGCAAUAAAUAAUAUCUAA